AUGACAAAAGAAAAUAUAAUACCGGUUGUAAAUCAACAAAAAUUAGUUGAGGAAGUAAGAGAAUUAGAAGAAAAUUCUGGCAGUGAUUUUGUAAGUGAAAGAGGCAAAGGAGGCUAUGGACCAAUGCCGUUUGUUGAUGAAGCAACUGCUUUGAUAGUUGCUAGAACUGAUGAUAUAAUGAAUAGAUUAGAGGGGAAGUAUCCAAAUAUCGUGAAGAUUUUUAAACAUAAUCCAAAAGGCACUGUGGAAUGA